CCAAGGGAGGCGGCACCCGGGGCGCUGACCCGCUGCUGUCGCUGGCCUGGAGUCUCCGGGCCGCCCUGGUCUCCUUCAGUCAAGUGGAGGAUGCCGGUGCGCCACCCGGAGACCACGGGAGACUGAGUGGAGACGGGGUCUUUGCGGGCCGAAGCCUAGACCGCGGGAGGCUGAGCCUUGGCCUGAAGUGGACUCUGAGGCCGCCGGAACCGGGUGCCGCGCGGGAACCAUUGGCCACACGAGCAAGCGAGCGCUUAGAAGGUUUCCGCAGGCCAGGCGUCCGAGCUUCCCGUGUGUGCAGUAGGGGAUUAGGGACGUGGCACCAUGAGGAGCCGCAGUAACUCGGGAGUCCGCCUGGACGGCUAUGCUCGACUGGUGCAUCAGACCAUCCUGUGCCAUCAGAAUCCAGUGACAGGCUUGCUUCCAGCCAGCUAUGAUCAAAAAGAUGCCUGGGUCCGAGAUAAUGUGUACAGUAUCCUGGCUGUGUGGGGUUUGGGCCUGGCAUAUCGCAAAAAUGCUGACCGUGAUGAGGACAAGGCAAAGGCCUAUGAACUGGAGCAGAGUGUAGUGAAGUUAAUGAGGGGACUGCUGCACUGCAUGAUCAGACAGGUGGAUAAAGUAGAGUCCUUCAAGUACAGUCAGAGUACUAAAGAUAGCCUCCAUGCCAAGUACAACACCAAAACUUGUGCCACUGUGGUAGGUGAUGACCAGUGGGGACACCUGCAGUUGGAUGCUACUUCUGUGUACCUGCUCUUCCUAGCACAAAUGACUGCCUCAGGACUCCAUAUCAUCCACAGCCUAGACGAAGUCAAUUUUAUACAGAACCUUGUGUUUUACAUUGAAGCUGCUUAUAAAACUGCUGACUUUGGGAUAUGGGAACGUGGUGAUAAGACAAAUCAAGGCAUCUCGGAAUUGAAUGCAAGUUCAGUUGGAAUGGCCAAGGCAGCCCUGGAAGCACUAGAUGAAUUAGACUUGUUUGGUGUGAAAGGUGGGCCACAAUCAGUUAUCCAUGUCCUGGCUGAUGAAGUCCAACACUGCCAGUCUAUCCUGAAUUCACUACUGCCCAGGGCUUCAACAUCCAAAGAAGUUGAUGCCAGUCUGCUCUCAGUGGUCUCUUUCCCAGCCUUUGCUGUAGAGGACAGCCAUUUGGUGGAGCUCACCAAACAGGAGAUCAUCACCAAGCUUCAGGGUCGUUAUGGUUGCUGUCGUUUUCUGCGAGAUGGAUAUAAAACUCCUAAAGAGGAUCCCAAUCGCCUAUACUAUGAACCAGCUGAGCUGAAGCUAUUUGAAAACAUUGAGUGUGAAUGGCCAUUGUUUUGGACAUACUUUAUCCUUGAUGGGAUCUUCAGUGGCAACAUAGAACAGGUUCAAGAAUAUAGAGAGGCUCUUGAUGCAGUCCUCAUCAAGGGCAAAAAUGGAGUCCCUCUUCUUCCAGAGCUGUACAGUGUUCCUCCUGACAGGGUUGAUGAAGAGUAUCAAAAUCCUCACACUGUGGAUCGAGUCCCUAUGGGAAAAUUGCCUCACAUGUGGGGUCAGUCUCUAUACAUUUUAGGAAGCUUGAUGGCAGAGGGAUUUUUAGCUCCUGGAGAAAUUGAUCCCCUGAAUCGUAGGUUUUCUACUGUGCCAAAGCCAGAUGUGGUGGUUCAAGUCUCCAUUCUGGCUGAAACAGAAGAAAUCAAGGCCAUUUUGAAGGACAAAGGAAUUGAUGUGGAGACCAUUGCUGAAGUGUACCCCAUAAGAGUACAGCCAGCUCGUAUUCUCAGCCAUAUUUAUUCCAGUCUAGGAUGCAACAGUAGAAUGAAACUCAGUGGACGACCCUACAGGCUCAUGGGUGUGCUCGGAACAUCAAAACUUUAUGACAUUCGCAAAACUAUCUUUACUUUCACUCCACAGUUUAUAGACCAGCAACAGUUCUACCUGGCUCUGGACAACCAGAUGAUAGUAGAAAUGCUCAGAACAGACCUCUCCUACCUCUGUAGCCGCUGGAGGAUGACAGGCCAGCCCACUAUCACUUUCCCUAUCUCGCACACCAUGCUUGAUGAAGAUGGAACCAGCUUGAAUUCAAGUAUCUUGGCAGCACUCCGAAAAAUGCAGGAUGGCUAUUUUGGUGGGGCCAGGAUCCAAACAGGUAAAUUGUCAGAGUUUUUGACAACAUCUUGCUGCACACACUUAAGCUUCAUGGACCCUGGACCUGAGGGUAAGCUGUACAGUGAAGAUUAUGAUGAAGACUAUGAUGAUGAUCUGGACUCUGGCAACUGGAUGGAUAGCUAUGAUUCAACAAGUAAUGCUCGCUGUGGUGAUGAAGUUGCCCGUUAUUUAGACCGCCUUUUGGCACACACUUUUCCCCAUCCUAAACUAGCUCCUACCUCACGGAAGGGAGGGCUAGAUCGGUUCCGAGCUGCUGUGCAAACAACUUGCGACUUAAUGUCCUUGGUGGCCAAGGCCAAGGAGCUGCAUAUACAGAAUGUUCACAUGUAUCUUCCUACAAAGUUAUUUCAGCCUUCUCGCCCUUCACUCAACUUACUUGACUCCCCUGAGUCUCCACAAGAUAGCCAGGUUCCUUCUGUUCAUGUAGAAGUGCAUCUUCCUAGGGACCAGUCUGGGGAAGUGGACUUCCAGUCAUUAGUUUCACAGUUGAAGGAGACCUCAAGCUUACAGGAGCAAGCUGAUAUACUCUACAUGCUGUAUACAAUGAAAGGACCUGACUGGAACACUGAAUUGUAUGAAGAAGGGGGUGCUACUGUCAGAGAGCUUCUUAGUGAACUGUAUGUCAAAGUUGGUGAAAUUCGGCACUGGGGUCUGAUCCGAUAUAUCUCUGGGAUCUUACGGAAGAAAGUGGAGGCACUUGAUGAGGCCUGCACAGACCUUCUGUCCUACCAGAAACACCUGACAGUAGGACUUCCUCCAGAACCUCGAGAGAAGACCAUCUCUGCGCCUCUACCGUACGAGGCACUCACUAAACUGAUCGAUGAAGCCAGUGAAGGCGACAUGAGCAUCUCAACCCUUACACAGGAAAUAAUGGUCUAUCUUGCCAUGUAUAUGAGAACUCAGCCUGGCCUCUUUGCAGAAAUGUUCCGACUUCGAAUCGGUUUGAUCAUACAAGUUAUGGCAACAGAACUAGCACACUCUCUUCGAUGUUCAGCUGAAGAAGCCACAGAGGGCCUGAUGAAUCUCAGUCCUUCGGCCAUGAAGAACCUCCUGCAUCACAUUCUCAGUGGCAAGGAGUUUGGAGUGGAACGAAGCGUUCGUCCCACUGAUUCAAAUGUGAGUCCUGCUAUUUCCAUCCAUGAGAUUGGUGCUGUUGGAGCAACAAAAACUGAACGAACUGGAAUCAUGCAGUUAAAAAGUGAGAUAAAGCAGGUGGAAUUCCGUAGGCUGUCUGUCUCGAUGGAGAAUCAGACUAGUGGCGGUCAUCCCUCGGGUAUAGAUUUGAUGUCACCAUCCUUUCUGUCCCCUGCAGCCUGUAUUGCUGCAAGUAGUGGAUCCUUUCCUACGGUGUGUGAUCAUCAGACAUCUAAAGAUAGUCGUCAAGGCCAAUGGCAACGCAGGAGAAGGCUAGAUGGAGCAUUAAAUAGAGUACCAAUUGGAUUUUAUCAAAAAGUAUGGAAAAUUUUGCAGAAAUGUCAUGGGCUUUCAGUGGAAGGUUUCGUUCUUCCCUCUUCAACCACUCGGGAGAUGACCCCAGGCGAGAUUAAAUUCUCUGUCCAUGUGGAGUCUGUCCUGAAUCGUGUCCCUCAGCCAGAGUACCGCCAACUUCUGGUUGAAGCCAUCCUUGUUCUCACCAUGCUGGCAGAUAUUGAAAUUCAUAGCAUUGGGAGCAUCAUUGCCGUGGAGAAAAUAGUUCAUAUUGCCAACGACUUGUUCCUUCAAGAACAGAAAACCCUCGGCGCAGAUGAUAUCAUGUUGGCAAAGGAUCCUGCAUCUGGCAUCUGUACUCUCCUGUACGACAGUGCACCCAGUGGCAGAUUUGGCACCAUGACCUACCUCUCCAAGGCAGCUGCCACCUACGUGCAGGAGUUUCUGCCACACAGCCUCUGUGCCAUGCAGUGAGGGCUGUGGGUUCUGCCUGUUAGAACACUUCAGUAGCUAGCCCGUCUGGUUGAUUGUGCAUGGAACUGACUUGUUAGCACCUGAUCACUCCCCCAGGCCCUUUUCCUGCCCCAUCCCUCCCGAGAAGAGAGAACUUUGCUGAUGAUCUCACUACUUUUGAAGAAAAGAAGCCCUAUCUGGAGACUGGACUCCAGAGCGAAGGUUCAACUGCGCCUGCACUCACUAUCCCUACUUCUUUUGUGGUUCAUACAAGUCUGCAUGUGCGUGGAUUCUGUAGAGCUGUUAGCGGCUUAGUUUUUAAACUCCUAUUGGGGAGUAGGUAUUAAUAACUUAUUCCUGUAAGUUGGUUUUCUUAUUUGUUGGUUUUUACCUGUGUAUAUGAGUGGUGGCUAUUGAUUAGGCCAUCAUUUCAAGAGAGUAGAUGCUAAGUUGGAUUUCAUGCUGCUGUAAAUUGGAACUGUCGACUCUAAGUGCCUUUACUUAGGAAAAGCCAGUACCACAUCAUGGCUUUCUUCUUCACUCAAAGGCUGCUUUGCUCUGAGUGGGGAAAGAGUGGGUGUUUUGUAGAAGCAUUGCCUUUCAUUGUUCUUUCUAUAUCUGCCCACAAUGCCUACUGUCUCUGUGGUGAAAUAUUAAAAAAUGUAAGCUCGCGUGGAAGUUAAAGAAUUUCUGUGUUAACACUUGGAAUAACCCAGAGAAAAGAAGCCAGAAGCCUAAUUCCAGAGAGGAAGGGAAAGAAAUUCUGUAGGCAGUGCUUUACACAUAGGGAGCCAAGAGAGCAUCAGAGGAAGGUAGUUGCUGGUGGACAGCCUUAGCCACCAAACCCUUGCCUCUGCAGUGUAGCCACACACAACACAGAGAGUAACUGAAGCCUAUCUUAAGCAAAGACAAACCACCAGUCCACUCUGGGGCUGCCCUACCGAAUGCCCCUUUCCAGGACCUUGGUAUUCCUUUUCAUUCAGUCCCCAGCACAUCCAGCUACCCUUAGCUCUCUCCACAUUUAUUCCUCAAUUCUCUCAUUUACAUGGUUUUACUUGUUAAUUCUCGUACUUACAACCUUUAAUCUUGGUAAUGGUGGCCAAAUAUCUAUUGUUAUACAUAUCUGUGAAUGUGCUGGUAAGUGGUUAAAUAAUUUGUAAGUAUUUUUGAUCUGUCUGUCUGUCUCUCUCUCUCUACAUGGAUGGACUGAAUAAGAAUGUAAAUAAUAUUGCAAAGCAAGCCUGGUCAUACUUGCUGCUUGAGAAGCUGAGGCAGGAGGAUCAUGAAUUCAAAGCCAGCCUGGGAUACAUAACAAGUUUCAGGGCAGUGUGGGUAUGAGACUGUGUCUCAAAAACAUUUGAAAGCAUGUUGUGCGUGUCUGAGAGAGUGGCAUGGCUGGUCUCAGGCUGACACUCGAAGGGUAGUAGAAAUAUCCCUUCUGGCCUAUUGUCUGCUUCGCUGUGUAGGUAGCCUGGCUUGACAGAGGUUUCUCCUGAUUUUCCUUGUUUCUACCCAGAGAAUUUCCUACUCCCCUUUCCCUCCAAAUGUUAAGGGUUUUCUCCCAGAACAGUAAUGGGGCUAAUGGGACAGUGAGCUCCAAACAGUCACAGUCAGGAGUCUUCUGAGCUCCCUGGCUAAGUGCAGCGUGCUAGCAGACAGGCGGAGGACACACAGGGCUGCCGGGCCACCUCUCCCCUCUCACAAACCAUAUAAACACAGGGAGGGGCUUUCUGACCACUUCUGAGGAGAACGUACAAGCUGUUGUGUGCCUGUGUGUGUGUGUGUUCAUGGCCACAGGAAGCCCACCAAGCACUGUGGGUGAGCUACCACUUCUUCCCGAGCCUCUGCUUUUGAAUUGACACUGAUGCUUAUCUUUCUCUGGAGUUACGCAUUUGCCUGUGGAUUUAAUGCUCACACCAUGGUAUUGAAUUUUUAAAGUAACUUUUCAGAAAAUAUUACUGGCAUUUUAUUCAUUUUAAGACUGUUAACAUGAAGAAGAGUGUGCUAGAACUUUUUAAAAACACAUGUCUUGAAGUUGGAAUAAAGACUAAG